UCUCCCCAAAAAAUCGCUCGCUCCCCGUAACAUCAUGACCUUGGCGGCGCUACAUCACGCCUCAGCCUCUCCAUCUGCCACUGCAUCGAUCUCCGGCCACCUCAUCCGGCCGGUGGAACAGGACCGCCGUGUCUGAGAACGCCCGAGCCAUUCCCACAUGCCCGACGGGAGGCUCUGUGCCCUCCGAUCCCUCACCUCGCCGCCGACCUAGCCGGAACCCUAGCGCUGGAGGCCACCUUGGAUGCCUCUGGGGAGCCGAUCAAGACCUUAUGUUUCUUUCCUCGCACAAGGUGAUCGCCAGAUUCGGUGGUGCCGCGGUUCUCCCGUGGAUCCCUCGUGUCGGGAGAUGGCCGGCCGCAGGCAGCGUAGCAGAUCGUGCAGUCCGUGCAGCAGCACAUUCUAUCAAGACGUGGCGGCCACCCUUCUCCGUCCUCGGCGACUACCGCCGGUCUCCCCUCAGUGUCCUCCGCCUCCACGGCAGCAACGUCCAGGGCAGCGCGAUCGGCGGUGAUGUCGAGGAGAGGAUCGUCACCAGGACGCCUCACCAGGUUCGGGAUCCAGUGGGACGCCCAUGUGCAGCUGGCCCGAGUGCGUGCGAGGCCAGCCUGCGCCGUCUUGGCGUCGACCACAUCGACCUCUACUACCAGUAUCACAUAGACACUACAAUCUCCAUCGAGUACAUAGUCUCUUCUUGA